AAAUUUUCCCAUCUCUAACUGCAGUUGUUUUUUGCUUUUUAGGUUCCUGUUUGUUCUUGUCUUUAUGAAUCAAUUGCUUAGUCCCCCUUAUUCGCCUUGAAAAACGCAGACAUUCGAAGGCUCCAAAGGCACCAAGUCACCAAUUUCCAUUGCAAUUAGUCACCGGUUGCAGAUAAGGAUAAGCGAGUAGCCCGAGUAACCAGAAACCCAUAAACAGAAUGUGGAAGGCAACCGCCGGUCACCAGAUUCAGGCCACCAGUGCCGCCUCCGCGGAGGAUGAUGACUGGGAGACGGAUCCGGACUUUGUGAACGAUGUCAGCGAGCAGGAGCAGCGCUGGGGAUCAAAGACCAUCGACGGUAGCGGUCGUACAGCCGGCGCCAUAGACAUGGACAAACUGCGUGAGGAGACGGAGCGAGCGGAUCUGGACAAGAAGAAGCAGUUGCUUAAGGAUCAGAACGCAGGAUAUGGCUACGGCGGAAAGUUUGGCGUGGAGAAGGACCGCAUGGAUAAGUCAGCCGUAGGUCACGACUACCAGGGCAAAGUUGGCAAGCACGCUUCGCAGAAGGACUACAGCGAUGGGUUCGGCGGCAAGUUCGGCGUGCAGGAGGACCGCAGGGACAAGUCAGCCGUGGGCUGGGACCACAUCGAGAAGGUGGAGAAGCAUGCCUCCCAAAAGGACUACGCCACCGGUUUUGGAGGCAAGUUCGGCGUGCAGUCGGAUCGAGUGGACAAAUCGGCCGUGGGAUGGGAUCACGUCGAGAAGGUGGAGAAGCACGAGUCCCAGAAGGAUUACUCCAAGGGUUUUGGCGGCAAGUUUGGUGUGCAGGAGGAUCGCAAAGACAAGUCAGCCGUGGGUUGGGACCACAUUGAGGCCCCGCAAAAGCAUGCCAGCCAGGUGGACCACAAGGUCAAGCCCGUGAUCGAAGGUGCCAAGCCAUCCAAUCUGCGGGCCAAGUUUGAGAACCUGGCCAAGAAUUCUGAGGAGGAGUCGCGUAAGCGGGCGGAGGAGCAGAAGCGUCUGCGCGAAGCCAAGGACAAGAGGGAUCGCGAGGAGGCCGCCAAGAAAACUGUGGCUGAGAACACACCACUUACCUCGACGGACACUCCGCCGCCAAAGGGCAGCCGGGCGGCCAUCCAGACAGGUCGCACCGGAGGCAUUGGCAACGCCAUCAGUGCAUUUAACCAAAUGCAAUCGCCGGUGUCGGAGACUCCACCAGCACGCAAGGAACCCAUCGUCAUUCCCAAGGCGCAGCCAGUUAAAGUCGAGGCAAAGGAAGAGCCAGCGGCCACUCCAGCUCCUGCAGCUGCACCUGCUCCUGCAGCUGCACCUGCUCCUGCUCCUGUAGUUUCUUCUCCUCCUGAGCCACAACCAGCACCAGUGGCCAAGGUAGUAGCUCCGCCACCGGAUGUGGUGCCCCAGAUUGAGGUGGAAACCGUGGCUACGCCACCCCGAAGCGAUCCGCCAUCCCCGGAGCACGAACCAACGCCUCAAGCCCAAGUCCAAGUCCAGCCUGAACCCCAGCCUCAGGCCGAUCCCGAGCCAGUUGCCCAAGAGGAGCCGCUGUACCAAAACCAGGCCGAGAUUAAGGCUGCUUCGCCGCUGCCACCCACCACGAACGGAGCAGCUUCCGAGGCAGUCGCUCCAAGUGGCGGAGUCACGGCGCCCGAGGAGGCCAUCUAUGCAAAUUCUGAUAACUUGGCCGACUACCUGGAGGACACCGGCAUCCAUGCCGUUGCCCUGUACGACUACCAGGCGGCGGACGACGACGAGAUCUCCUUCGAUCCGGAUGACGUGAUCACCCACAUCGAGAAGAUCGACGACGGCUGGUGGCGGGGAUUGUGCAAGAACCGAUACGGACUCUUCCCGGCCAACUAUGUGCAAGUGGUGGGACAGAAUUCCUAAAUGCUUCCAAUUGAAAUUCACGAUAGAACAAAAUCAAAUUGUAUUUACAUACUAACGAAAACGAGAUAAUACUGAUGUUGGAUUGUGCAACCCAUUCGCUACUAACCCAAACCAUUACGCAUGGCCCCUUCCCAUCCAUUGUUUCCCCUCUUAUCCCUCCAAAUUAUGUGCAACGAACAGCUAGAGUUUUAAAUUAUUAUUGUAAUUUGUUAUGCUAGCUCUUGAACCAAUCGUGGUAUUCCAUACUUUAUAUAUCAUUUACUGCAUUUUACAUUCUUUGUAUUUAACACGUAUAUUUUUCAAAGAAAAUAUGCCAAGCUA